UCCGAUCAUUAAUUUUAAUUAACGAAGUUUCUGGAACUGAGCUGAUAAAUUUCCCCAUUGGUGGAGUGGGGUCUCUUAACAGUGAAAUUAUCCACUUGUUUGUGAAGUGACAAUAACUAAACCGAAUUAUUGGGUAAGCUGUUUCCCUCACGGGGAGACAAAUUGACCUAUAAAGUGGGAAACAUUUAUGGAAUCUCAAUCAGAAAACUGAGUGAGCUCUCGCAUCGUUCUAAGAAAACAUGAUCCAGCCAACGAUUGUACAAGUAACGGAUAUUUAUUUCCCAAUUCUCGCAGCCUUUGGUAUUCCGGCGAACCUGAUGACAAUCGUGACACUCUACAGAGGAAACUGCGGCCUUUCAAAAUGCAUUUCUUUCUAUAUGGUGUCCAUGGCAACAGCCGAUCUACUGGUAAUGCUCAACAAUGUUUUCGUGCAUAAAAUCCUGGGUGUGCAUUUUCCACAAAUAAUCCUGUCCUAUACACCAAUUUGCAAGUUCAUAAUGUACACAAUUAAUACCCACUUGUAUUUAUCGGUGUGGUUUACAGUGUCCUUCACUUUUGACCGGUUUGUCUCCAUAUGCAUUUACAAGUUUAAGACAAAAUAUUGCUUAGUGAGAACUGCAGCUACAGUUCAAACAACAAUCUGUGCCCUCUCGUUAUUAGUAAACAUGCCAUAUUGGUUUGCAUUUGAACCUAAGCGAACACUUAACAAUGUUCAAUGGGGUUUCCAACCCAGCCUGGAAUUUUAUACAUCUCCUUUUGGUGCAGUAUUUACUUGGCUACAAAGUAUUUUAUUGAAUUGGGUUCCCUUCUCUUUGAUAUUGCUUGUUAAUUCUUUGACAGUCAGACGGGUUUUAUUGGCCAGUCGGGCCCAUAAAGAGCUCCGGGGUCAAAGCAGAGAGAACCAGAGUGAUCCAGAAAUACAGAACAGAAGGAAAUCGAUUAUUUUACUGUGCAUUGUAUCAGUAAGUUUUAUACUGUUGUGGUUGACAGCAGUUGUUUGUUCCUUAGUCCGUGGUGUGGUCAUUCAUGUACGACCGGAUUAUACAACUCCUGAAUACAUCGCCACUCAAACUGGACAAAUGCUCAUGUAUUUGAGUUCCUGCACAAACACGGUUAUUUAUGCGGCUACACAAACUAAAUUCAGGGAAGAGCUGAAAAAGAUAGCGCGAUUUCCUUGGACACUAAUUUUGAUACUGAUAAAAAAUGCAAAAUGA